GCGGGAGGAGGACGCGGCUCCCGCGGCCAUGCGGGACCCGCCCGGCCCCGCGCUGCGGGCGGCGCUGCCGCUGCUCGGCGCCGCCGUGUCCCUCUGCACAGGCCUGCAGUGCGUGUGCCAGCUGUGUGAACACACCAACUUCACCUGCCAGACGGAGGGUGCCUGCUGGGCCUCGGUCAUGCUGACCAACGGGCGCGAGGAGGUGGUCAAGUCCUGCGUGUCCCUCCCAGAGCUCAACGCCCAGGUCUUCUGCCACAGCUCCAAGAACAUCACCAAGACCGAGUGCUGCUACACCGACUUCUGCAACAACAUCACCCUCCGCCUGCCCCUCGCGUCGGAGUCCCCGGGCAGGGCCGGCCCCAGGCCCGUGGUGCUGGCGGUGACGGUGGCAGUGCCGGUGUGUGUGCUGGUGCUGGUGGCAGUGCUGGCCGUGUGCACCUCCCGGGGCCGCCGGCGCCGCGCCCGCCGCGGCCACAAACCACCCAACGUGGAGGAGCCCCUGUCCGAGGGCAACCUGGUGAGCUCCGGGAAGACGCUGAGGGAUCUCAUCUAUGACAUGACCACCUCCGGCUCUGGCUCUGGUUUGCCCCUGCUCGUCCAGAGAACCAUCGCCAGGACGAUUGUCCUGCAGGAGAUCGUGGGGAAAGGCCGGUUUGGCGAAGUCUGGCGUGGGAAGUGGUGCGGGGAGGAUGUGGCUGUGAAAAUCUUCUCCUCCAGGGACGAGCGGUCCUGGUUUCGGGAGGCAGAGAUUUACCAGACGGUCAUGCUGAGGCACGAGAACAUCCUGGGCUUCAUCGCUGCCGACAACAAGGAUAACGGGACGUGGACUCAGCUCUGGCUUGUCUCCGAGUACCACGAGCAGGGCUCCCUGUUUGACUACCUGAACAGAGGCACGGUGACAGUGGAGGGCAUGGUCAGGCUGGCACUGUCUGUGGCCAGUGGCCUGGCCCACCUCCACAUGGAGAUCGUCGGCACACAAGGGAAGCCAGCGAUCGCACACCGAGAUCUGAAGUCCAAGAACAUCCUGGUGAAGAGGAACGAGACCUGUGCCAUCGCCGACCUGGGCCUGGCGGUGAAGCACGACUCGGUGCUCAACACCAUCGACAUCCCCCAGAACCCCCGCGUGGGCACCAGGAGGUACAUGGCUCCCGAGAUCCUGGACGACACAAUGAACACGAACAUCUUUGAGUCCUUCAAACGAGCAGACAUUUACUCCCUGGGGCUGGUGUACUGGGAGAUAGCCCGGAGGUGCUGCAUUGGAGGAAUCACUGAGGAAUACCAGUUGCCUUACUACGAUGUUGUGCCUUCUGAUCCUUCAAUAGAAGACAUGAGAAGGGUUGUCUGUGAGCAGAAGCUCAGACCGAAUAUUCCAAACCAGUGGCAAAGCUGUGAGGCGCUGCGGGUGAUGGGCCGGGUGAUGCGGGAGUGCUGGCACGGCAGCGGCGCCGCCCGUCUCACCGCCCUGCGCGUCAAGAAGACCGUCUCGCAGCUCUGCCUGCAGGAGGACUCCAAAGCCUGACCGACCUCCCCGCGCCAGGAGACGGGAAGGAAUUGUGCCGUUCACCUUUCCACGUGUGAUAGUAUUUUUAUUUCUGGUCUACCUCAGAUAAGGUGGUUCAGUAUUGCAGUGCCCGGAGCAGAGCACUGACCUCGAGCGUCGUGUCCGGCCGUGGGAAGAGGCAGCUUGGGACUCGAGUUCGGGUUUGGUACAGCAGGUCCAUGACUCGCUUUGCUUUUGUGAGUAAACUGGACACCAGGCGAGUCACAGGAAGGAGGUUAAAGCAUCACAACAGUGUAAAAAUACCUUUUGCUGUUGCACUUUUCAUCCUCGUCAGACCCCAAAUGCCCUGGAAAUGUCUGGUGUUGGUUAAAGCUGUUUGCAAAAAAAAACCUCAUGUUCUGUCCUCAAACCAAGUAGAAGACCAAAUUUAACCCAGCUUUUUACCUAUUUUUAUGCAAGAAUCUGAAAAGGGGCUAUCAGUAAAAGCAAUUAAAAAAGAUGGAAAUUCCACUUAGCAUGUACCUUGUGAACAAAACCAUUGAGUCAGUUCUCUAUUAAUAUUUAUAUUUAAUGUCUUGGUUUCACAUACAAUAUUAUGGUUAGGGUUUGAGUUGUUUAUUCUGUUCAUUUGUUCGUUGAACAGAUCGACCAAGGAAUAACUUUUCUUUCUAACAGUUUUUAGAAGAAAUAAUAGAGGCAAUACUUUUCCAUUAGUUAUGUAGGGAUGAAGUGGGAGAAAUUCUACCUAAACUGAGAAAAUAUUUAUUUUUAACAAUAUCUUGCUAAUCACUGGUAACAUUUUUUUUAGUGCCUUUUGAUGUGUUGGGGGAAGCUUUAACAAAAGCCAACACAGCCUUUUCAGAGGUUUCUUAUGGAAUUCUGUAACAGCACCAGGCUGGUGACGAGUAUUAUCAUCUCUGAUCAUGUUUCCAUAAUACCACAGCCAUCAAAGCGAGGUGUUGUAUCAGAAUUCACUGAUGUUCUGGCAUUUUGUGAACUGAUGCUUCUGCCCCACUCCAUGGCCCAUGUAUUUGAAUAUAGUGUUCUAAUAUAUUUAAUAGCCAAAAUUAUACAUUUCAUAAUCAUAUGGUUCUUUAAAUCUUUAAAUCCAGCUGGUCCAUGGAAAUUAAGCCCAAAGAUGUUUCCAGAAUAGCAGAGCUCUGAAAAAAUCUUGUGUAGCCCACGCAGCUCCAUUGCAGUCAGUUGUUGGCUGAUCACAGAUUGUCAGAUCAAUCUCUGGGGUAAAAUCUCUUUAAUUGGAACUGUUGCAGGGGAAAAUGGGUUAAACUUUUACUGAGUGGGGUGGUCUGUAGUAUCAGCACUCUGGGUUUCUUCCUGACACACAUCUCCAGGAGCUGUGGAUCCUUUAUGGCUGUUAAUUGCCCGUAAAUAGGCUCUGAUGCAAUUUACCUGUUUGCACGGGUGCUUGUGUUAAACAAUGUGGGUCUUUCUGUGGUCUGGAGCUGAGCAGUGGAGAAUAUUUCCCUUAAAUUACUGGUAGAUUUUUCUCCAAUGUGGUUUCUGAGAUAUAAUCAAAGGUGUCUCAGAGAUUUGGGCCAGAUUGGAUGGGGCUUGGAGCAACCUGGUCUGGUGGAAGGUGUCCCUGCCCAUGGCAGGGAAGGGAACGAGAUGGGCUUUAAGGUCCCUUCCAAGCCAAGCCAUCCUGUGAUUUAAUUCUUAUGUGCUUCAACUGCAUGAACUACCCUGUAAAGCUCAGUAGAUGUGACUUUCUAGGCUGUUGGAGGAGUAAUUUUAGCAUGAUCCAAAGCAUGGUGCUGACUUGUGUAUCAAAACAUUUGCAAACCUAAGAUCCAGCAUUUGUUCUUGUAGUACUUAAGUUGAAAAAAAUUCCUUAUCUUAGAAAGGAACAAUCGAAGAUACUUUUUUUUUAAGUGGGAAAAGGGUUUCAGUUUUCAGUUGCCGUUCUGGAGUCUCUGAAGGUUGUUGUUCAGCCCUAUAAUUUGAACAAGACCCUUUUGGGCCUGGCUGGGAGGUGUGGGUGGAGGAUUCUCAGGCUCAAUGCCCUUGCACAGCUCCAGCCCCAGGGAUACUUUAACCCUUUCCCUGCACAUAUCUCAUGGUAUCAGACAUUAUAGUCUGUUUGUCCUGGCGUUUCACCUAACUCAGUAUUUUUGCACUGGUUUUCUUUUUUCUUUUGUUGUUGAGAGGCGAAUGUGUAUUUUGGUGAACCAGAGUUAAAACAUAACCGAACCAAGGGCUGAUGAUGUUGUAUUGAGCUCUGAAAUGUUUGCAAACUCUACAUUCCUUUAAAAAAACCCAAAGAACCAUUGUUUUAGUGGCCUUUCCCCUCCAUGUGGAUCUGUCCAGUUCUAAUUUAAGCACAGAGGUUAUGCCAAGACACUUCUGUGCGUUUUAGGGAGGCUUAGGUUUCCUCAGAGGUUACAAUGUUCCCGCUAAUCUUCACUUAAAGCACAAGUUCUUAAACUCAUAAAAAUUUUCAAGGUCAAGGAUGCUCAAACCCCAUCACCACAUUCAGCCUCUCCUAAUUGAUGCUUCUAGUUGGAAGGAGUUACUAAUAUUUUAUAGUUUGCUUCUAAUAACAACCUAAAGCUUAAUGCAGGGAUUAUGGACUGAAAGGGAAAGUUAAUUAAUGUUUCCUCGAGCACCGAAUUGUUUUGUGUUUCCUGAGCUGCUGCCCCCAGGCACCCCUCGAGAAAUUCAGGCUGUAAUCUCCUCUGCACUUUGGUACUUUUAUUAUUUGCACUUAACCAAGGUCGUUCCCUCGUGUAACCCUAUAAUGAACCCUACAAUAUUUUAGUCGUUGCUAUGUCACUUCUUUUCUUGGUAAUAAAUUCAGGAGUUAUAGAUGAAUUUAUUUAGAAAUAUGUCCAGUCCCUACUACAAUAGGUCUGGACUUUGAGCAGGCCACGUUCUUGUCUCAGUCCCUGUCUGCCCAGAGCUCCUGUGCCACUGGUGGACUGGGGGCUGUCCCCAGCAGGGGUGUCCUGGGGGCCGGAGGGUUCACAGGCACAGAGGAACAACCUCAUUUUUGUGUUCCUGAAGGUGAUGGCCCAACUCCCCCUGCUGUGGUUCCAUGGGGGUCUGUGAGGCUGUUCUGGGGCUGUCCUUGAGGUGUCCUUGGGGAGUCCUCCCCCAGCAGCACCGGGAGCCAGUCCCCUGCCCUGCCCUGCGCUGUGUGUCUGUGAUUCCAGGAGCAUCCCCACGGGCUGUGGUACCCCGAUCCCCCAAAAGCUUUUAGGGACAGAUGUCCAAGUUCUGCUCUAACAGGCAGAGCAGUUUAUGAAUGUACAGGGAGUAAGACUGAGGUACAAUAUAUUUCUGCAGAAUAUAAGAAAUGUGCAAUAAGUUGUAGCUUACACUGAAUGUAUUUUUGGAUGAAUGGACUAGAUGUAUUUUGGAUGUAGCUGUGACGUUUGUGUCUAAACCUGCUGCUGUUCUCAGUUCCUAAAGAGAAAUGUGUCAUAUUUUGUCAAUCUGCAAACCACUUCCUGAGUUGUCUGUUUUUAAAAGAAGCAUUAAUAUUUUACCUGGAACAUUGUAGUAUUUCUGAAAUAAGUAGAGUGGUGGCAGUGCUCAACCCUCGUCUUGUGAAAUACGUGAUCUGUGUACACUGCAGAGUUAUUUUUAAAACUAUUGCUAAAGUUAUUGCUUGAUAUUGCAGCUGCCUGGAUGUAAAUAAUGGUUUAGCUGUUGUAUUUUGUACGCGGAUUUUUCACCCCACAUACUUUGGGGAAGACGUGGCUAUUUUAAUAAAUUCAGUGUACUCUGCCCUGGUGUUCCUGUGAAGUGUAAAAUUGUUUCUGUGAGGGCAGAAGGGUUGAGCCUGUUCCAGGUAACUUGUAGAUGUUGGAGGUUUCAAACUGAAGCAAAGUUCCUCUGCCAGCAUGUGCCCCCAGCCCCUUUCCUGGCUGUGCUGGGCUGGAGGACGCUUCCCAGGGCUCCCAAGGUUCUGCAGGGACUGGGAAUGGGCAUGUUCCUGGCAGCCACUGCUUCCUCGACUUCCCAUCACUGUUCCCGGCUGACGUGUGGCAAAAUGAGCAGUAAGUCCUGCCUGGAGGGGCAUCCAACACCCCUCCCAGGCUGCUGUGCUGGUGGGCAGUGCUGGGGCAAGAGCUCUGCUCCUUCUGGCACCUGCUCGUCCUGGUGUUUGUUGGACACGGUGACACACGAACAUCCAGCUCCUGCUGCCAGCUGUGCUUGUUCUGGAUGAGGUGGAAACAGCUGCAGGCCCUGGUGCUGAGCUGGAGCACUCCCUGUGCCCUCCUGCUUCCCUGCCUGGGACACAGCCCAUGCUGUCCCACACUGAGCAGCCUUCCCAGAGAAGGGCUGGUGGCUUGUACCCGUAGGGACCUUCGCUCAGGGCUCUGCACCCACACCCGUGUGAGCUCUGACUGAGCUCCCUGUCAUACAACACUCCCUGCAUUUGUUCUUCCAGCUAUUGGUGUAAACCUGAGUGGGACCUGCUCACCCUGAGCACCUCAGUGCUAGUCUGUGUGCUUGAAAAUGCCCCUGACGUAGCCACAAUCUGGGGGUUUAAAUCAGGUUUUAUUUGAAUUUCAGGCAUGUCAAAAUGAAAUCUGCCACGCUGUGACCCAAGAAACUUUUGUGGCUUUUGAAAGAAACUGUGGGCUUUUAUUUUUUUUCCUUAAAAAGACCACUGUAUUAUAGCAAUUACUUGUGAAUUCUUGCUCUUUGGUCCCAGUGUAUCUCCAGGAAGGCGGCAUUCCACGGUGCUGGCUGUGCAGAUUUGGCAGUCGGGGCUCUGGAGCGGAUCCCGACGGAACGGCAGCAGCCGGUGGCUCAUCGGUGAACGUCGGCUGCCAUCCCCUGGCCACCGCCGCGCCGGGUGGGCGUCUGUCGCACGGGAGAGCAGUGCUGCGUUUCCAGCAGCCUGGGAAAUUCCUGUUUCCCAGAAACACCCUUCUCCAGCACACCUGGGUGGAGGAGGAGCUGCCCCUGUGAGCCAGGUGGGUGCUGUGCCCUGGCCGCUGCAUCCCGGCUCGGUGGCAGCAGAACACCACGGGCUGUCACCUGGGGAGAGGUGUUCAGGUGUUCAUGAGAAAUCGCUCGGUGGAGGGUUUGGGAUAAUUCCUCGUUACCCUGUUGGGUAAACCGACUCCCCAGGAGCCAUUGGAGCACAGCUGGUAGCACAGGAGAGGAGCCAGCUCCCGGGUCCCUGAGGGUUUGUGUCCUGCAGAGGAUGGCUCCUCUCUCCUUCCUUCUGCCCUGGUAAGCUUGUUUACAGAUGAGUCACUGGGUUUCAGGAACGUCAGAGAGGGCUGCCGGAGGAACCGAAAUGUGCUUUGUUUGUUACCAAAGCACUCACCGGGGGGACCGUGAGCAGGAAAAGGGGAAGCGGCUUUGAGUCACCCGCUCUCCGCAUUGCUCAGCGUGCAAGUCAGGAGAUGCCCCUCUGGGCUACAGCUGCUUCUCUCAGGAAAAAGGAGAGAGCUUUCCCCCUCUCCUGCAGUGCUUUUUAAACAUCUAUUUUCUGCACCUUAACCCAGAGGGGUUCCCCCAAGGAACUCGAGAUGAAGGACAGACCUUUAAACUCGUUGCUGCAGAGCUGCUGUGGUGUGCAACACUUCCCUGUCCCCAUCGAGGCACAGGGACUGCAGGGACUCCUCUACACAUCAGCCACCAAUUCUCCUCCAGGUGUGUGGAGCAGAUGUUUCCUGACAGGAUGUUUCUCUGCUGCAAGAUGCCAGGUUUUUGAGGGAUGAACAUUUAGGAUGGGGAUGUACUGACACUUCAGCCAUCCAGGGCAAUGAGUGGAUCCCCUGGAUCACCAUGCCAACAUUUUCCUGGCACUAAGAGCUCCUCUGCACCAGCAAAUGUCAGACACCUCCUCCAUGGACACCCAUCCCUGCACCUCUGUGUUGAGCUGUCGUGACAGCACUUGCCAGCCUGCACUGAACUUCCUCAUGGCUGGCAGAGACAGAACCCCCUCACCCCACAGUCCUGGCUGCCCCCUCCUCUCCCUGUGCCCUUGCCAGCCUUUCCUCCCAGGACUGGGGGUCCCAGGUGUGUGCAGCACUAUCUUGAAAAGGUGAAGAAAAAGGCUUUACUCAGAAAAUGACUGUAA